AUGUCCAGCAUCACCGAUGAACCAUCGUCCUCCAACUCCUCUCCCGUCGACGAAAGCACAAUCACCGCUCUUCGUCGUCACAACGACGCUUUGGCCCAACGAGUCGAUGGAUUUAAGCAAAUGUUUGAAGAGCAAGAUGCACAAUUUGCCAACUUACAGGUUCAGGUGGAGGCUGUUUGUGAGGAAAAUGCGGCCCUUCGUAAGGAAUUGGAGGUAAUCAAAGAAGGUCAAGCAGCCGACCCGACGACAGUUUCAAAAAAGGACUAA